AUUUCCUGAAAUUGUCCCGCAUUAGACACGUAAUGACAAAUACUCGGGAAUGUCGGCAGCCACCCGUUGCUAGACGAACGCACAGAUACCAUACACUAGAGUGAUUUUGUUCUAGUCCAAUCCAAAUACGGCAAUUGUGCCUCGAAUAGCACUGGGUCACUUUACGCAUGGCGGGCUCACGGGAGUCCUACAUCAACCCCCGCAUAAAAGGGCCCAGGAUCAGUCCAAGACGUCCGAUAAAGCACCUGAUACAAGCGGAUAUGGACUAUAAAGGGCCGCCCACGACAUAGGUUUCUAGGUGCAAAUAACUCUGUCAAGAAUGUUCGGCUGGUCCUCCCAGUUUCCCGACUACUACGCACUGCCGGGUCCAAGCAGUGACUCUGCGGUCUAUUCUCAUCUCUUUUCUAAUGACCCCUCGCCUGCGGAGCCAAGCAUGGGCCUGAACAGCGAUGGCCUGAUCUCCAGUGGACACGAGAGCAUGCCCCAAAUUAGCGCUCCUAUCCAAGAGAGAGGCGACGAGCUCCAACGAAACCUUGGGCGAAGCGAGCAGACCGUUGAAUCCUACCCCUCGGAUCACGACUCGGAGCUUGAGGUAGAAGCGGACAAAGUCUUUGCCAGAAUGCUCAGAGAGACCAGGCGGAGUACCGCAAAGGCAGGCCAGACGGCGGAAAAGCUGAGCGAUGUUGUUGAACAGCUCAAUGAACUCCGUAAAGCGGUGGCGCGGCUAGAGGACAAAGUAUCUCAAUUGGAGGAACAGUGCAAUGAGGGUCAUCGAUGCGUUGAUAACAUGAUCACAAGUCUCAAAAAUUACCAAGGCUUAUACCGUUACCUGGUCCAACGUUUGUCCAUCCCUAUAGGAUUUGAUGAGAGGCCAGGGGAUAUUGUGAACGGCGAGAUGCAAGAUUGUUGCAUGUAGUAUAUUUUCAUCCACGUCCACGGGGUGGUCGUCUCCCAAAUUUCAUGACCUUUUUUUUUUGGCUAUUACACACUUGACAAACCCAAAAUAUAUUUAUCUCUGACGAGUGAGUCCGCACGUUUUCUCUUUCGAGCUUCUUUUGUUGGGAUAGUCCAUUAUGGAAGCUAUGAGCAGUUCGAAUCAGUUUCUUCAGGUCUAACAUCUGCACUUCCACCACUUGAUGUGUAUAUCUGGGAAGGGCGACAGGCUGCAGCGCCGCUUGACUAUGUAUUGGUUGGUCAAUUCGGUGGCUUAACUCUUCGAUGGAUUGUUGAAGGUGGCUGGUCUAUUUUGCGUUGAGCGUCACUAUUGUCUGCCUCAGACCGGCAUCGAACAAUCACUAGAAUAGCAGCUUCAAUAUGCUCUCUGCAGCUGGAAGACGGCGAAUAUGUCAUCUCCUUUAGACCCAUCCCAUUUAGAUAGGCUAC